AUGGGUGCACAUUGCUGCCGGCAAGAUGCACCACUUCUUCCGGGAGAGCCAACAGAUUUGGAUUCUCCCAGAUUUGGGGAUGGACCAUCGCUGAUCCCUCCAUUUGGUGUGGAAGACGGGAACGAUGUGCAUGACUCCGAAUCCGAAGAUGAUAUACCUCAACUGCCUGUCGGCGGGAGGUUUACGGUGAUGAUGUUUGGCAUGACAGGGGCUGGCAAGAGUGCCAUCGGUAAUCUGAUGGCAGGUUGUGAAGCCUUUGCAUCGGGAGAUGACACAGCUAGUGUAACGAACCUGGAUUCGGUCAUGAGGUUCGAAUCAGCCGACGAUUCUUUUGUCAUUUUAGACACGAUCGGACUUGGAGAUACCGAGAUCGAUCAGGACAAGGUUGUUGCAAGCAUCCGUGAUGUUGCGCUGUCGGCGGUAAACGGCGUGGAUGCCAUGUGUUUCGUUAUGCGAAAUGCACGUAUCACUGACGAUGCCAUCGCGCGGCUGAUAUACGUCACGGAAUUUCUGUGGGGAACAGACUGCCUUCUCAAUCUUUAUGUCAUCGUCACCUUUGCCAGCAGAUAUCUGGCAAGCAGGGAAGAUGCAAACCAGUGGAUCGAGAGACAAGUGGAGUUGAAUUGGCGCUUCAAGCACAUUUACGACCUUGUUGGCCAAAACCCCUACCGUUUCAUAUUCAUCGAUAACCCCAGCCUAGAUUCAGGAGAGCCGAAUGUAGAGGAGCGCCAGGCAGCUAGCAAGCGGGCGUUGAUGACCGCCUUUGCCAAGCAUCCUCGUGAUGUCAUUCCUCCUUUCACUCAUUCCGUAAUGCAGAAAGCCAAGCAGUUGGUAGCCGAGCAGCAAGCAGAAGUGGAGAAGGCAGCUGCCAAAGUCCAAGAGGUUGUUCAGAGCAAGCCCAAGAAGAAGCGCAAGAGCAGCAAAAGCCGGCCCGUUCGAUCCUCACGCUCUCAGAGCCAUGAGAGCUCCGGCGUGGAUCCAGUGAAGGAAGCACUGGAGGAGAAGAAGCGGGCGCAGGAUAAUUUGGACCAGGCGCUGAUCAAAGUGAAGAAGAAUGCGGAGUUCCAGCGUGAAGUUGCCAAAGAGGCCGAGCUGGCAACGCUACGCUUUGGCCAGGCCUACCAAAAUCAGGUAGAGGAAGCCGGAGCCGCGCCCACUGGUUCUCCCACAGCAUCCACUUCCACUAACCCCGGUGGUAGUGGUAACCCGGUCCAGGCAUGCAAGCGCAUGUUCUUCUCACUCGUAAACAAGAUGGGUGGCAAGAACAAGGUUCCGAAUCCGAAGGCGCUCGCAGCUCAGCCCAAGGACACACAGCAACCUGUUCAAAGGACGCAGAAGAGAAGAAUCACAGCGGAUGAGAUUCAGAGUGCUUUGGAUAACGCCAUCUACCAGUUGAAAAUGGGCGUGCGGGGCCAGGCACCCAUGGCCCUUUUCAAGCAGUUGGACGCAAAGCAGAAUGGAAUGGUGACGCCCAUGGAGUUUGCCAAGUUUGUGCAUAGGACCGUUCACGGGAUGAGCAAGGCACAAGUUGGUGGCUUGUGGCGCCUGGCAGACAGAAACUGUGACGGCAAGCUCGACUUCCAAGAAUUCUGCGACCUUCUUGCUUUCAGGCCUCCAGGCUGGUUUCGAACUUGCACAGUUCAGAGACAGCUGUGGACUUUGGAACACUGCGAAGGCAUGGCCUUGCUGGCCAUGUUCUUGGCUGCAGCUCUGUUCACGGUUGCUGUCCAUGUGUGCUGUCCUGAGCCUGUACCUAGUGCACCCAGCUCCGCAAACAUCUACGGAUGCGACUUGCCGCUGAAGGCCAUGCCGCACUUUCGUGGCGAGUGGCAAAGGAGCCAUGGAAGCGUCGCAGCCACUGAAAGGUGCCGGCCCCGGACAUCCGGGACUCAGCCAGCUGCAGAUUCGAGUGCUGCCAAGGUUCAGUGGCUUCCGCCGUAUACCGCCAGGCAAAUCCUCCGAAAUCGCAUGAGACGGGUGAAAGAUGCGUGUUGCUCUCUGCCGAAAGGGCGCUACGUCUGGUCCUGGGCCAUGUCCUCUCCUCCAAGGCUUGCCAGUCCCCGAGUGGGCAGCAAAGCGAAGGCCGUGGUGCGGUUGCAAUCCAGCUACCAGCAGGCAGCGUGCAGCCCCGAGAAACCAAUCGUCAUCGAAGCGGAUGCAGAGAAGGAUUACAUUGAGACUGUCGUCGUGCCGGAGCAUCCGGAGAUUCUCGCAGAGUCUGAAACCGCGGCGCAAGUGAUCACCGCGCCAGCAACGAAGGCGACAUUUGGCCGCACAGCUGUGAAGGCGCGCAUGGUUCAAGGGGCGCGCUUCCGCUCUGCCCGCUUCGCCGGACAGGGCCCCUCUAUCAGCCAAACAAAGCAGCGGCGAAGAAUGGGAGCCAGGUUGCGUGCCGUGAGCGCGGUGUAUGAGAUGCCACCAAUGCCUUUCGACGCUAGUCGUGUCCGCUUCCAGAUUCAGACUGGACUCAACACCAAUCCGCGCCCCCGAGCACCGAAGGCCGGAAGCCAGCCAGUGCACGAGUCCGCGGAAAGGAUGGUCUCAGCGGGGGAACUAUUGAGAGCAAGCUACAUGUGUGAAGAACGAGAAACACUGGAUACAUCAUCCUUAGCUUGUGAAGCUCGUCUUCUCGCUUCGGCGCAUCGGGGCGCAGGUGCUGUUGCAGCAUCUCGAUGA